AUGGGUUCCAGAGAUGAGGCCUCAGUGGAGUCCUUGUGUCUCCAAUCCUGGCUGGAUGCUCACUCAGCCUGGAAUGGCAGUGUGUAUCCCUGGCAUGCAGUCAUGCUGCCCUGGGAUUCACUCUGGACAGACUCACCAUGUGCGAAGUGUGAGGCAGGAAUUCCAGGAAUAUCUUUCCAGGAACCCAGAGGGUUGGCAGAACUGGGGGAGGGGUUUUCCUCAUCUCAGUACAAGAACAGGCUGGGAUCUAGCCAUGGUGCUUCUCCUUAUAGGCUAUGGGUGGACCGGAAGGACCAGGACCCACAGGCCCAAGUGGACCAGGAUGGCCAUGUGGAGUCUACCUGGCCCUCGUCACAGAGACCAAUUGCGACUGAGCUCCUCCGCUUUCUCAGGGACCACAGCUACUGCAGUCAGGGUUUCUGCACUUUCAGCAAUACUGAACUAGAGUUCCAGGCCCAUGUGGUGAAUGAGAGUGUCAAGAGAGAAUACAUGGUUCACGGUUUAAAAGCCUGGGUCCCACCUAAGCAUCUUGUGCUCUGCUUCCAGGUGACACUGAGCCUAGGAAACACAGCACUGAAGUCCACCCUGGUGUUCCUGGUUCCUGGGGAGGCACUGCUGUUAGCUGAUGUAUAUGCAAGUUUGUUGCCCUUCUGGACCAUUGCCUACAAGGUGACACUGCUGCGCUACCUUGUCUUCUACUCCUCCUUCCUGGGGCAGGCCCUGUCCAGCUCCUCUUCCUGCAAUCCACUGCUCACCCAUGACAUCUCCUCUCCUCUGUAGUUUACUUCUUUAGAGCUGCUGCUCUUCCUCAGCACCACGGAGGCUGUGCUGGUGGCCAGGUUGCUGGCUAGAGACAGCCUUGGGGACAAGAGCAGCCCAAACCCCUGGGAACAGAAUGAUCAGAGCCCAGGGCCUAAUCUUGAAGAACCCCUGGGGUUCACCCUUUUGCUCUGGGAGAGCAUGCUGAAAGAGUCGAGGACCAGCUGCUUUCGCUCUCUCUCCUGGCUGGCAGCCUCGGGGGGAGGAAAGAGGUCAAGGAGGAGCUGGGCUGAAGCUGCUGACCACACAUUCUUCCGUGUGUAUGGUUCCAGUGUGAUGUGCAGCCAGCUCAUCUUCACUGGAGUCUGGAUUUGGGGAACAUGCAAGCCCGACCCAGCCCUGGGCAAGGUUACAACAUGGCAGGGCUCAGGGUUGCAGACUUGAGGAUGCAUCAUGAGUUUGUUCCCACAGCAAGGCUGAGCGUUAGGACAGCAUCUUCAGAGACAGAAGGAGGGUCAGCUCUAUUCUCUACCUCUGGAAGGCCCAAUGCGCUGAGCUCUCUUCUGUGUGCAGUGUGAAAUAAACCAUGGCCCAAGGGUACCUUCAAGAUCUGUCUGCCUUGAACUCAGCUGUUUACUGUCAUCCCAGGGAGGCAGGGCCCAACUUUAUACCUGUGAUCCCCCUUGCUCCCAGUCGCUCUCCUUCCACUACCAAUUUUCUGUCCCACAAGCAUGCAGCCCAAAGCACUUUCUGCAACCACUGCUGCCUGGCCUUGGAGGCACUAUAGGUGGGGAUCAGGAACUCCUUUCCCAGGCACUUCCUGUGGUGUGCUGGAUCCAGAAGGGACCUGAGGUAGAGCACUCCUGCCUCCUGACACUUAGGGGACUCCCAGGAAGCAGAACCCGCCCCCCCCCCCCGAGCUUAGAACUGUGGGUAACGUACUAAAUCUAAAAGACUAGGUCAACCCCAACACUGCUUUCUCUCUACAUCUGCAGGCUGCAGUUUGGCCUGUUUCUCUGAGCCCCCUCACGUUGCGGGCUGAAGAGGAGUGCUUCACCCUCAGGAUGGACUAGGCCAGGGUAGCUCCACCUUCUGCUCUUGUGUUUGCUCGGCAGUGGGGCACCAGUCUGUCUUCUCUCUCUGCUGUGGGCCCUGCUGACUGCACUCCGUCUCAAAACCCAAGCUGUGCGAGGACCCCACACUCUAGGAGUGCUGUU